UCGUGGCAAGACGCUCUUGGUGCUCAGGACGCGCUGCGUCACGUCACCUAUUCGGGUUCUCCACGUGGCGUGGAAAGGACGCCAGGCCGGAGAGACGAUGCGCGAGAGUCGUAAUGAGGCGAACCAUGGAGCUGCCACGUUGGACAGCGAGGCAGGAAGUGGAGCUGGUUUGCUUGCGGGCAAAGAAGUUCAAAGUUCAUCAAAGUUUACCUUUUCACAGUUUGGUUUGAGUCGUGACACCACUUGUCCGUUGGCCUUCACUUGGAUUCGCUGUCUCAUGUCGGUUUCUGUGGAUAGUCCCGAAUUUGGUCACUUCGACAUCCCGUUGACUGCUUCGAGCACCGCUGCUGACAUUAUUUUACUGCUACGUGAGCGUUUGCCAGACAGUCCAUGGCAUGGGAACAAGUUGCUGUCAAGUGGGGUCUGCCAGCUACAACGCGAUGACGUUGUGGAGGCAACCCGCCACAGCACAUUGGUCUUGGCAAACUACACAGAGAUCAGCAACCAGGAGGCUUUCCGCAUUGAAGAUACUGCAGAGCGAGGGAUCACUCGCGAGCAAUUGGCAAAAAUCGACGGCUAUGCGAAAAAGGGCUGCAGCAUGGUUGAGAUCAUGGCGAUUCAAGUGCAGAGACCUCACUGGUUUGUGUCACAUGCUUGGAUUGAGCCUGUUUGUAAGUUUCUGGCCUGCUUGGAGCAGCAUGCUCUGGUGCGAGAACUCUCAAGCAGUACAUUCUAUUGGGUCUGUGCAUAUGCCAACAACCAGCACUGCGUGGAAGAGGAUAUCAAAAGCAACCCACGCAGCACUUCAUUCUACAGAGCUAUGCAGAUGUCUGAGGGAGUUCUUUUGGUGCUGGAUUCAGCUGGAACGACUUUCGAAAGGAUUUGGUGCUGCUUCGAGGAA